AUGUGUAUCAAACUCAUCAGACGCUAUCAGUGCCCUCAAGGCAAUGGACAGCGAAAUGCGGAGCACAUUCUAUCUUCCACAGUGGCAUGCUCCAACCCCACUCCCUGCAUAGGUGAUGGAUUUGGGGUACGCGACGUGUCAUAUAAUGCUCCUUGCGAGCAACACAUCUCAUCAGACGCCUGGGGCUCAUUCCGUACCCCUGAGCAAGUAAAUGGCUCUGUGUAUCCCGAUAGCUGGGAGAAUACUGUUGUCAAUAUUCAGAAUUACGUCGACAAUCUCGUCAACUUACUGCAAGUACUCAUGAACGAGACCCUUCCUAAAUCAUACAUAAUGACCGAAUAUUGCGGCCUCGAAAAGGCGAUCCAAACAAUUGCCAACGAACUUAGAUGCCCAAGUUGCUCUGAUGACAUUACAAUCUGCCCUUGUCCACCCGGUGAGAAUGGAGGGAGGUACAACAUCGCGCGCGCCUUCCGGAUCGCAGAGUCGCAAAGAGUACUUCCAUUAUUGAAGAGUCGGUUUGGGAGCCAAAUCGGCGAUGCUGUGCAACGAGCGGCUUCGCAAAGUAGCGCCAGAGCAGAUGGUACUAGUCGACAACAGCCACAGACAGACCUGAGCUUUGAUCUCGAGCCAAUCUCAGCAGAACUACGCCACUCAAAGGAAAGGAAGUUUCGAAACAUGAUUGAGGGUGUUCAGGCUAGGCGUGGGGCCCUACUUGACCAAGGCGACGAAAUCGGCCGUGUCCAGUGGAGUGCCAUCAAUAUUAUCGGGCAUUUCGUUUCUUUCGACAAUGCGAGAGGCGACGACAGAUACAGAUUCUUCUAUCAGGUUAGGUCGAAUAUUCCCAAUGCGGACCCCAUAAAUGUCCAGUCGACGGCACUCAGCGACCAAACCUCCUGGACAGAUUACCAGAACAUUUUCCAAACUUACGUGUCUCUGAGUCAGCGGGAUGACGUUCACAAAAGAGACCUGAAUUCCAUAUCAAGCAUUCUCUGGGCUCGGAUGGAGGAUUUGCGCAUCACAUUUUUUGGUCUGCCUGAAGAAGAGCGUGAGGCGUUCCAUACUAUAACAAAGGAUUUGCUACCGGUCACUAAAGGUGUCACAAUGGAGGAGCUUGGGGGAAACCCAGACGCUGUAGUAGCUCUGUGUACUGUGUGUGGUUUGCCCUUCUCCCAGCAAUUACAGGAGCCGAGCACUCCCCCCGGAGGCACUUCCGCUGCUACUCCUCACACGCUUUCUGCUUACGCGGGUGGUCCCGGCAUCUGA